AUGAGAAACUAUUCCUCUGUCACAACAUUCAUCAUUCUGGGACUGACAAAUGACUCGCAACUAGAGAUUUUGAUUUUUAUCUAUCUGUUUAUCUCAUAUUUGUUAAGUGUAACUGGGAAUCUGACCAUAAUAGUUCUCAUCUUGGUGGAUCCUCAUUUAAAAACAGCCAUGUAUUUUUUUCUUCAAAAUUUCUCUUUCUUAGAAAUCUCAUUCACUACUGCCUGUGUUCCAAAAUACCUGCAUAUCAUAUUAAGUGGGGACAAGACCAUCUCUGUCAAAGCUUGUUUCAGUCAAAUCUUUUUUAUUAUCCUCUUUGGAGCUACAGACUUUUUCCUCUUAGCCGUGAUGUCCUAUGACCGCUAUGUGGCCAUCUGCAAACCCCUGCAUUAUGUGACCAUCAUGAACAGCAGAGUCUGCAGGAUUCUCAUUAUCCUUUGCUGGGUAUCUGGUUUAUUAAUUAUACUCCCACCCCUUCUCCUGAGCCUUCGUCUGGAAUUCUGUGGUUCUGUUAUUGACCAUUUUUUAUGUGACGCUUCUCCACUACUGAAGAAUUCAUGUUCAAAUACUUGGUUCAUAGAGCAGCUGGUUGUUGCCUGUGCUGUGCUGACUUUCAUCACAACCCUUGUGGGUGUAAUUAUAUCCUACAUCUGCAUCCUCAGGAUGAUCCUCAGACUGCCCUCUGUCCAGCAAAGGAAGAAAGCUUUCUCCACCUGUUCCUCUCACUUGAUUGUGGUUUCCCUCAGCUAUGGCAGUGCCAUUUUUAUCUAUGUCAAACCUUCAGCUAAGGAUGAAGUGGCUAUGAAUAAGGCAGUUUCUCUGCUUGCUACAUCUAUUGCCCCUCUGUUGAACCCCUUCAUUUAUACCUUGAGAAAUAAACAAGUCAAAGAAUCUUUUCAUAACACUAUGAAAAGAUUUGUAUUUAAUUCAAAUCAAUAG